CUCUCUCCUUCCCAGGGUUCAAUGAGCGCGGCGUGGCCCCACCCCGUCUCUCCCAGAAUCUUGCCUUGCCCUGCCUCAAUGUAGACUCCUGUUCUUGUGAAAGAGAGAGCGAGAGAAAAGUGGGAGGAAUAGAAGAAAAAAAGAAUAAGCUCCAAGAAGAUUUCCUGCUUCCCUUGCUUUUCGACUUCCACAAGCCUCGGCCAGCAGCGGAGCGGCGGCGGAAGAGGAGGAGGAGGGCGGCCUAGGCGACGCGAAUGGGCUGCUACGACUAGCUAGCUUGUGUCCUUUUUUUCCCCGGUGAAUGUUAACGCACAUGCGGUGUGCUGACCUGUAGCUUUUUUUCGACCGAAACCAUAACUAUGGGGGAUUAAUAUGCAUGUAUGUGUACGAGCGUCCGUGUGCGUGCACCUACAGGCCUCAUGUAGGCUCCCCUCAGCCCAACCUGACAGCCAGCUGCUUUUCACCCUAACAACAAACCUGGAGACAUUUUGAGGCUGCCCCUCCACCUCCACACACAUACACACUUAACGCCUCCAUUUUCUGCUUUAACUGCGACUCGGGAUUCUUCACAUGCUGGAUUUGGAUCCGAAGCGAGCCAGAAGAAAGGUGUCACAGUGCGGUAUCAUUUGUGAAACGAGGAUCUGAUAAUACCACGCCUGGGACAGACGCUUGAGAUCCAUGUAGGAGGGCCCCCUUUUUUGGAGGAGAAAACCCAGCAACCCGAAGAAGGGGUAGAAAUCGGACAUCUGUUCGGAACCGGACCAGAAGGCUGUCGCUCUCUGGCUUGGCUAGCUGAAGAAAAGUGGUCCGGAAGCAAUGAAAAUAUAACACAUGAAGCUGUGGAUUGGUGGCGUUCGUUUAUUUUUGACUGGUGGACCCUUUAUCAACAAGAUCCCCGCCGAACAGAACAAAUUGGACCUGUAAAAAAUGCGUGUUUUGAAGGGAGGCUUGGGACCGAGCCGCGCCACCAUGCGGGUGAGCGCCACACUCAGGCCGAUUUGCGCUCCCCUUCGCUGGCAGCUGUGAGACGCAAGACCCGGGCUUGGACUGAUGCACACAGGGCUCCUCUUCUGCUCCUUGCUCUUUUUCUCCGAGAUCAACCGCCUCUUUCGUCGUUGAUGUCGGUUUCCCCCCCCAAGUUAUCGCUGUCCGUUGACAAGUCAAAAGUAACGUGCAACUGAGGGGAAGAAAAAAUUACGAAAGAAGAGAAAAGGAAUCCGGCCUUGUCGCUGACGUUAGCAACACUAAUUGCUACAAUUUUUCGGACAACAAAACUCCUUCCACGGACAUAAAUUACAAAUAUUCACAACCUGUGCGGAGGGGUUCCACCAUCGUUUUGUUGUUGUAUUUUUUUUUUUUCCCCGGCCGUUGAAGGACAUUUCUCCGUAUUUGUGGCUCUCCUGUCUAACACUUGGGUAAAACGUGGGCUCCAGACUGGUCCACGUUAGAGCUAUUUCUCCAUUUACCCUCACUCGUGUGUUCCCAGACCACCUUCCCCUUUCUUCCUCUCCUUGGACUCCCCUUUUUUGUUUUGCCUUUCCCAGCGGGAAGAUGGGUUGUUUGGGCAACAGUAAGACGGAAGACCAGAGAAAUGAGGAGAAGGCCCAGAGAGAAGCAAACAAAAAGAUAGAGAAGCAGCUCCAAAAAGACAAACAAAUCUACAGAGCAACACACAGGCUAUUGCUUUUAGGAGCUGGUGAGUCAGGAAAGAGCACAAUUGUGAAACAGAUGAGGAUCCUCCAUGUCAACGGCUUCAAUGCAGAAGAGAAGAAGCAAAAAAUUCAGGAUAUCAAGAAUAAUAUCAAAGAGGCCAUUGAGACAAUAGUGACAGCAAUGAGCACUCUGAUGCCACCAGUGCAGUUGGCCUGUCCAGACAACCAGUACCGGAUUAAAUAUAUCCUCAACCUGGUGAACCAGAAGGAUUUUGAGUUUCCAGUUGAGUUUUACGACCAUGCAAAAACACUGUGGCAGGACGAGGGCGUCAAGGUGUGCUUUGAAAGAUCCAACGAGUACCAGCUCAUCGACUGUGCACAAUACUUUUUAGACAAGAUUGACAUAGUGAAGCAGAGCGACUACACUCCAACAGACCAGGAUUUGCUGCGGUGCAGAGUACUGACAUCAGGGAUCUUUGAGACAAGAUUCCAAGUGGACAAAGUUAAUUUCCACAUGUUUGACGUUGGUGGUCAACGAGAUGAGCGCCGAAAAUGGAUCCAGUGCUUUAAUGACGUAACGGCCAUUAUCUUUGUGGUGGCCAGUAGCAGUUACAACAUGGUGAUCAGAGAGGACAAUGAGACCAACCGUUUGCAGGAGGCGCUCAACCUCUUCAAGAACAUCUGGAACAACAGGUGGCUGCGAACCAUUUCUGUCAUCUUGUUCCUAAAUAAACAGGACCUCCUUGCAGAGAAGGUGCUGGCAGGGAAGUCCAAAAUCGAGGAAUACUUCCCGGAAUUUGCUCGCUACACUACACCUGACGAUGCGACACCAGAGCCUGCAGAAGAUCCCCGUGUCACAAGGGCCAAGUACUUCAUAAGAGAUGAAUUCUUGAGGAUCAGCACUGCCAGUGGGGACGGGAGGCACUACUGCUACCCCCACUUCACCUGCGCCGUCGACACGGAAAACAUCCGCCGUGUCUUCAACGACUGCCGAGACAUCAUCCAGAGGAUGCACCUGCGGCAGUACGAGCUCUUGUGAUGGGACGGCAAAAUAAAAAGGAAAAAGCAAAACAAAAAGAACAAACUUGGGAAAAACCCUGAGUCUUUGAACUCUUCCACAGACAUGCCAAAAAGACACUUAAAGCAGUACAUGAUGCCAACUUCCCCUUGCUGCUAACUCCAUUCUGAUGGACAAGUCUGAGGGGGCGUGUUCUGCAACCCACCCAGCCUCACUUUGGCUACUUUUCUCCUCUGUCACACAAGUCUGGACUGGAAUUCACUUUACAUUUGCAGCCGCUUGGAGUGUUGCCACUUUGAUGGAGCGAGAGAACUGCUGCGCACAGAUGGGAACAGAUCUCGUACAUGCUUGACAGAAAUACAAGUAUGCUCGGAUAUUGAAUCGAACUUCACGUGAGAUCAUGAAUACACACACACACACACACACAGCAGUCUUUCCUGUCACAUAUGCAUAUUGUGAUAUUCAAAAGUGACAUUUGGUCACACGCUCUUGGAUGGAUCCGAUCUGCAUUUAGCGGGUCGCACCAGAAAUCCACAAACUGUUCUACGGAGUAGAACCUGUUCAUCAAAGAGCCACUUUUUUAAAAAAUGCUUUGAGAUUCAACCCAUUGGAGCCCAGUUACAGCGGGGACAAAAGUUUAACGAGCAAAGAAGGCGGUGCGUUCCCUGAUGGCUUGUCUGCAAAUGGAACAGGUGGGCCUCCGCCCCCUGCUGGAAUUUGAAAUGAACACAAGAGACAAAGGAACGGAGAAAAGAAGCCCUCCGGUUGACUACAGAGAUCAUACAUCAUUCAUUUGAGUUGAAGACUUGUAUGGGACUUGGCAAACAGGGCAAAAAAGCAUCCAGUACAGUAUCUAAGUUAAAGAGAAAAGUCUUUUGCCAACACAGCUGUUUUUUUUCCUUACUUUUGGGGGUCUGUAUAGACUUGUGUGCCAUUGUGCCCUGCGUGCUUGCUCGCUUUCUCUCUCUCUCUCUAUCCCCCCUCCCUCCUCCCCCAACCACCCGUUUCCUCCUGACUUGCAUCUGCACCGAAGAGGGGGAAAAAAGAAUAUUUAAAAGGAGGAAGAAAAUGGCAGAAAACAAACGGGACACUAUCUCCUUCCUCUGCCAUUCCUCCCCAUCUGUUUAUUUUACUUUACUGCUGAACUAUUAUUCUUGUACAGACUGUAAAAUGUAUUAUUUUGUACAACUUUACUGAGAAAAAAAUAACUUAGAAGAUCCCUGUGCCUUGAUCACGACUGUACGUGUGUAAUGAGCUAAAGUUGGUGUCAUUCUGCGCUGUAUAGCUUGGCCAAUUAAUCCCCCCCUCACUUCCUUUUCUUUAUCUUCAUCCCUCAGCCUGCCCCCCCCUCUCUAUCUCUCCCUCUCUCUGAGGGACAUACAGUAUGUUUGUAGCUCUUUUGUUGGUUCAAUUCUCUUCCUUAUAUUCCCCCUUUCUGUUAUGAUUUAAAUUUCUAUUUUUGGAUACAUACCCCCCAAAAGGAUGAAUAUAUGAAAUGUAUAUGAAAAACAAAAGUAUUUUAUUAGAAUCAUAUUGCAAAUUGUACACUCAACAGUGUGCGCUUUAUAAGUUAAAUCGUUUGAACUGAAGUUUUUUGUUUUGUUUUGUUUUCUCGCAUACAUUUUGGAAGUUUUUAAAAGGGAAAAUGAACCGAUGCAAAACAUUGCUUUGUUUGUACACAGGUCAUAUUCUUUUGCUACCAAAAUAUCUCCCAGAAAACAACCAAAAAUAUUUUUCACUUUAUUUGUGGAGGGGGCAGUGGGUGGGUGCUUCUUCCUAGCCUGCACAUCAGAGUCAUCUCUCAUUUUAUGUAUGCGUCAUUUAUGAGUCUUCUGAAUUGGAGCUCUUGAGAAAUAAAGAUUUUUGCGGGGGGGUGUGAAGACA